AUGACUACAGUUACAAAAAAAACUAUUUCCUUAAGAUGGAUUUCUAACAUUAAAUUAUUACAACAAAGAUCCUUUCAUAUAGACGCCAUUGCAUAUAAAACAGCCAAUAUCACUUCAAAACAAUUUGCUUCGGUAUACAAUGGUGAUUACAAGGAUCUUUCUAGAGAAUUAGAUGGAUUUCUAAAACGUCAUGUAGGUCCAUCUCCAAAGGAUAUUAAUAAAAUGUUGAAGACUUUGAAUUAUGAUGAUCUUUCAACAUUUAUUUCAUCUGUGAUCCCUGGAAAAAUUCUUGAAAAGAGACCAUUAAAUCUAGAGGCUCCAGAACAAGGAUAUACAGAACAGAAGAUGUUAGAAGAAUUGAAAAAAUUAGCUGAUUUAAAUAAUUUUGAAGUUAAAAAUUUAAUUGGUAAAGGUUACUACGGUACUAUUUUACCCCCAGUAAUUCAAAGAAACUUAUUAGAAAAUCCACAGUGGUAUACUUCUUAUACCCCUUAUCAACCUGAAAUAUCUCAAGGUAGAUUAGAAUCAUUAUUAAAUUUUCAAACUAUUAUUACUGAAUUGACAGGCUUACCAAUUGCUAAUGCUUCUUUAUUAGAUGAAGGUACAGCUGCUGCUGAAGCUAUGCUAUUAUCUUUCCAUUUAGCUAAAGGGAAGAAAAAAACUUAUUUGAUUGAUUCAAAAGUUCAUAAACAAACCAAAUCUGUCCUUAGAACCAGAGCUAUUCCAACAAAUAUUGAAAUUAAAGAAAUUGAUCUUUUUGAUUUGAAUUCCCUAGAGAAAGAAUUAUCCACCGACGAUGUAUCUGGUGUCUUGUUACAAUAUCCAGCUACAGAUGGUUCAAUUGGCUCCAUGGAAAAAUUACAAAAAAUUUCAAAAUUGGUUCAUGAAAAGAAAGGUAUUGUCUCUGCAGCAUCUGAUUUAAUGGCUUUAACUUUAUUGAAAUCUCCUUCAGAGUUUAAUGCAGAUGUGGUAUUAGGCUCCUCUCAAAGAUUUGGUGUUCCAAUGGGAUUCGGUGGCCCUCACGCUGCUUUCUUCUCAGUUACAAACAAGUUAAGUAGAAAGAUCCCUGGUAGAAUUGUUGGUGUCAGUAAAGAUAGAUUAGGGAACCAGGCUUACAGAUUAGCACUUCAAACAAGAGAACAACAUAUAAAACGUGAUAAAGCUACUUCUAAUAUAUGUACUGCCCAAGCUUUGCUGGCCAAUAUUGCCGCCAUGUAUGUUGUAUACCAUGGCCCAGAGGGGUUGAAAAAUAUAUCGCAGAGAAUCUUUGCAAUUACAUCUAUCUUGGCCAAAUUUAUCAAUUCUGAAAAAUCUAAUUUUAAAAUUCUAAAUGAAAAUUGGUUUGAUACGUUGACAAUUGAAUUACCAAAUGGAAUCACAUCUGAUGCCGUACUUGAAAUUGCUCUAAAAGAAUAUAACACAAAUCUUUACAAAGUUAAUGAUACUACUGUGUCACUCGCAAUCGAUGAAACUACAACCCAAAAGGAUUUGGAGACUUUAAUUAAAUUGUUUUCCAAUGAUUCUCAAAUAGAUAUCACAAGAUUAGUAACCAAGAGCAAAUUUGAAGAAUUCCCAACUGAUUUGAGACGUUCAACUGAAUUUUUGACUCAACCUGUAUUUAAUACUUAUCAUAACGAAACUGCAAUGCUGAGAUAUAUGACACGUUUACAGACGAGAGAUCUUUCUUUAGCAAAUUCUAUGAUUCCAUUAGGCUCAUGUACAAUGAAACUAAAUGCUACCACUGAAAUGAUUCCAAUUACUUGGCCUCAAUUUGCAAAUAUUCACCCAUUUCAACCAAAAUCUCAAGUCCAAGGUUACUAUGAACUUACAAAGUCAUUAGAAUACGAUUUAUGUGAAAUUACUGGAUUCGACGCUAUUUCACUUCAACCAAAUUCUGGGGCUCAAGGUGAAUUCUCUGGUUUGCGUGUAAUUACAUCAUAUUUAAAGGAACAAGGACAAACUCAUAGAAAUAUAUGUUUAAUUCCUGUUUCAGCACACGGUACAAACCCAGCCUCAGCGGCUAUGUGUGGGUUAAAAGUUGUACCAAUUGCUUGCCUGAAGAAUGGUUCUUUGGAUUUAGUCGAUUUGAAGGAAAAAGCAGAACAAUAUAAGGAUAAUCUAGCAGCUGUUAUGAUUACGUAUCCAUCAACUUACGGUCUAUAUGAACCAGGUGUCAAAGAUGCUAUUGAUAUUGUUCAUGAGAAUGGUGGACAAGUUUAUCUGGAUGGUGCUAACAUGAAUGCCCAAUUAGGAUUGACUUCCCCAGCUUUCCUUGGAGCCGAUGUUUGUCAUUUAAAUCUACAUAAAACAUUUGCUAUUCCUCAUGGUGGUGGUGGUCCUGGUGUUGGUGCUAUAGGUGUAAAGUCUCACUUACAACCAUUCUUACCAGGCCAUGACAUAACUGAAAUUGAAGGAGCUGGCGAAAAGUCAAUUGAUGCCGUUUGUUCUUCAGCAUUUGGUAAUUCGCUAGUACUACCAAUAUCCUUUGCCUUUAUUAAGAUGCUAGGUAACCAAGGUGUUCCUCUUGUUAGUUCCAUGGCUAUUCUAAAUGCAAACUACUUAGUGGAACGUUUGAAGAAACAUUACAAAAUCUUGUUUAUUGAUGAAGAAGACAGAGUGUCAAAGCAUUGUGCCCAUGAGUUUAUUAUCGAUCUGAGAGAGUUUAAGGACAAACAUGUAGAGGCUAUUGAUAUUGCAAAAAGGUUACAAGACUACAGUUUCCAUGCUCCUACUUUAGCUUUCCCUGUUCCUGGUACAUUGAUGGUUGAACCAACUGAAUCCGAGGACUUGAAUGAAUUGAACAGAUUUGUUGAUACAAUGAUAUCGAUCAGAUCCGAAAUAGAUGACUUUGUUAAUAAUCAACCGAAGGGAAUGGUUUUAAAAAAUGCUCCACACUCAUUGGAGGAUCUACUUCUAUCAAAAGAUUGGGAUAAUCGUGGGUACACUCGUGAACAAGCCGCAUAUCCACUUCCUUUCCUAAGACAAAAUAAAUUCUGGCCUGUUGUCGCUAGAGUUGAUGACAUGUAUGGUGACAUGAAUUUAAUGUGUACCUGUCCUAGUGUUGAGGAUGUUGUAAGCUCUCAAAAAUAA